GAAAGCGAGGAUUACAAUUUCGCCGAACAACAUGGCCGACGGAGGAAUUAUUGUCUGGGGGAUUAGGAACAUAGCUUGAUUUUUCGUCGAAUUCUGUAGGUUUCGCAUCAUCUUCUGAAGUGUAAACAAAGUAGUAAAAGGAACAGGAGGUCCUGUGUGUUUGUAUCCAGAUUAUUCCAUAAACUGUCGUUUGUACGAGUAGAUAUUCGACCAGGAGUCGAAGAUAAGACGGAGGAAGAUUGACUGUCAUCAAGAUGCCCCCCAAGUCGAGACAGACUCAGAACCCCAACAGGCAGGCCUGGCAGUGGGCAGACACCACGGACCCCGCCAGGAUCACACAGGACAACCUGGAGACAGCCUACAGGAUCCGGCUGAAGGCUUGUCCAAGGGAUGGGCGGAGAAACUGUAAGAAUAAUCCCAACUGCCUGGUGGGGCUGGGGGAGUCCCAGUGGCUCGGGGAGAUUGACGAUGAAGCCUUCCAAGAGAUCGAGGAUCCAAACAAUGAGAGGAGGGCUGAGGGUUCCUUUGUUGGCCUGAAAAACCUUGGAGCUACAUGUUAUGUCAACACAUUCCUGCAGGUGUGGUUCCACAACCAAGAGUUCCGAUCAGCCAUGUACCAGUACCUGGAACCUGCUACACCAAAAGGUCCUCCCCCUUCCCCUAAGAAAAACUCACCUGUCAAGUCAUCACCCCCGUCUCCACGGAAACAGACCAGUUCUGCACAGGGAGAGGAUGUGGUAUCAUCUACUACAGGCUGUCCACAGGGUUCCCCUAAGAAGGACAGCUCCCCUCCCACGUCUCCCAAGAAGCCGCCCCCUCCCAUGGAGAAUGAUGAGGACUUGAUGCCGACCACAGUGUGUGGACAUCUCCAGUUUAUCUUCGCCUUGUUACAGAACAGCAGCCGCAGGUACAUAGACCCAUCAGCCUUUAUUCAAAGUCUUGGUCUGGACACAGCUUUGCAACAGGAUGCACAGGAGUUUUCCAAGCUACUGAUGUCUCUACUCGAAGACAGCACCAGGUACCAGCCAAACCCCUGGGUCCGAGAUAUCAUGCAACAGUUCAGAGGGCAAUAUGCUUAUGUCACAAGGUGCAAUCGUUGUUUCCAGGGGUCGUCUCGUCCGUCUCAGUUCUAUGAGCUGGACCUGAACAUCCAGGGACACACAGACCUGAACCAGUGUGUGGAGGAGUUCCUACAGGAGGAGAAGCUGGAGGGGGAUAACCAGUACUUCUGUAGCUUCUGUCAGAGUAAACAGAACGCAGCCCGUCUCAUCAGCCUCAUGUCCCUGCCUCGAGUUCUCAACCUGCAGUUACUGAGAUUUGUUUUCGACAGGAAUACUGGACACAAGAAGAAACUGAAUAACUAUGUGAGGUUCCCAGAAGUGCUGGACAUGAGCAGGUACCUACGAAAACCAGAAAACGAGGUUGUUUAUGAGCUGCAGGCAGUUCUGAUCCACCGCGGGCACAGCGCGUACAGCGGACACUACAUCGCUCACAUCAAGGACAGGGCCUCCAGCUGCUGGUACAAGUUCAACGACGAGGAGAUACAGAAGAUGGAGGGGAAGAAACUACAGCUGGGCUGUGAGGAAGACCUUGAGGGAGGCCAGAAGCAGCCCAAGAAGCCCAAACUGCAGAAGGGAAGCCACGCCUCCAGAAAUGCCUACAUGUUAGUGUACAACAGGAGGUUGCCUGAAGGUGAGAUGAUAGGUGCACCCCUGCCGGUGGAAACAGCCAUUCCUGACAGACUGAUGCAGAUGGUUCACAGGGACAACCAGAAGUUUGAGGAGUGGGUCCGAGAAAUGAAGGACAUGAGGCAACAGAGUGUAGUGUCAGGGAAGGCCAGACAUCAGGAGAUCACAGAACUGUGUGAACUCAUGCCUGCAGAGGAGGGGGAAACAUAUGAGUGGAUCAGUACUGACUGGCUGAGGGAGUGGCUGAGUGAAUCCAACGCCCCUCGCAGUGUGGACAACUCCAAACUCACAUGUACUCAUGGCAGGGCAGACCCACACAAAGUGUCUGAUAUGAAGAGAAUCAGCAAACAAGCCGCUGAGAUGCUUUAUUCUAAGUAUGGUGGAGGGCCACACUUAUCAGAUGAUGCGUCCCUGUGUUGGGACUGUGUGAGACAGACCUGUGCCCAGCUACAUGCCAAGGCUCGGGUGGCAGAGGACCACAAGUUCAUCACCAGUACCAAUAGAGAGAAGGUGGACAGGAACAAAGGCUACUGGGUAGGUAAAGAGUCCCUGAGAGUGUGGAGACAGCUGGCUAUGGAGAAGCUGGCCCCGGACUCACAAGGACAGGGGAACGGGGAGAACGGCACUCAGGCAGACACCAGUGAACCCACAUCCUCACAAGGUACAAAGUCAUCCCAAGGUAGUAACCAUGGCAGUAUGGAGAAUGGAGAUGAUGACAUCACAAUUUUCAAUGAGGACAUCAUCUGUGAACACAACCAUCUCCUGCCAGAUGAAAGCUGUCGAAGGCUGGUGUCUGAAGCUGUGUGGAGAAGACUGAAGGCCUACUUCACUACUGCACCAGAGUUCAGGGGCAACCAAAAUGUCUGCCAGGCCUGUCUGCUGAAGGACAAAGAAGGGGAACAGAGAGAGGAGCUCCAUAAGCUGAUGGCAGCAGAACAAAAGUCUGCCCUGCUCCAGCUGUACCAGGACAAGAACAGGCCUGGCUGGGACAAGAAGCCAGUUCAAGAGUUUUACAUAGUUAGCAAAGUCUUCGUGGAGGAAUGGAGACAAUUUGUCAAGCAACCAUUGAGAUACGACCCAGUUAGUAACAUAGGUAAUGUGUCACUGCUAUGUCCACACUUGGGCCUGCUGUACAGACCAGAACUUAUAGGAACAGACCUUUCAAACCCUGGAUUACUAGUGUGGCCAACAGAGUGGGCCGUCAUCUCAAAGACAUUCCUUGUGGACCAUACCAUUAGAGUUAUUAGGGAGGAUGAAGACAGGCUAGUGUCCAAGCCAGCCCUGUGUGAGGAGUGCCUUGAAGCCCGAGUUCUCCAGGAGGACCAGGAGAGGCGGGAGUACUCCAGCGCCACGAUCUACAUCAGGAAGAUCACCUCCAAGGAGGAGAAAAUCGCCAGCCUGCAGCGAGCGGAGCUCAACUUGUCUUCGUCUGAGGAGGAAAAUGAUCCAGACUUCCAGCAGAUGAAUACUGUGAAGAAGAGGAAGAUAGCUAAGGAAAUGUCGGCCAUGAGCGCAGCUGCAGCCAGCAUCAACCAGGUCCGGCGCAGUUCCCGCCACCGACGCACACGGGGCGAGAAACAGUUCACCAUCUCAUCUGGACAGACAUUACGCGAUCUCAAGAUACAGGUCAUGAAUGCCUUCUCGGUGGCUCCGUUUGACCAACACCUCAUUUUGAACGGGCGCCCACUGGUGGACGACGUGGCCACCCUGGGCAGUCUGGACGUCCAGCCAGGCAGUGUUCUGCUCCUGAAAGUGGACGAACCGGUCGAGGACCCAAUGUUGAUUGAGGACUUCGCCAAAGCAAGCGUACCAGAGGAGGGAUUUAAAGGAACUGGCUUAUUGGGUGUAAGGUGAAAUCUUUGAGAAGAGUAGCAAGUGUCCAGAUGUGUCUGUCUUCGAGUCGUCAAGAGAGUCCAGAUUUAUUUUUCUAUGGAAAGCCAAAGAUACUAUUAGUGACUUGGACUGUAUACUUUUGUUCUUUCACCUGUAAAUGCCAUUCCAUGUGUAUGUUGUAGAGACUGUGAAGUAAGAGGACAGCCUUAAGAUGUGACAGUAGAUGAUAUGUUUAUCGACAUGACAAGAAGUAAAGAGAUGCAAAGAUGUUGGCUGUGACAGGUACAAUGUAUCCAUAGUGUAAUACUAGAAAGUUCAUUUGUCUCUAUUUUUUUACUAUGCUGAUGUGUUACCUUCUAUUUAGUUUACAUUUGAAAAAUGCAUUUUGUGUAUACUUUGUAACCUUCAUGUGUUAUUCCAUGGUGCUUGUGCAAUUUGUGAAUUGCAGUCCUGACUAGUCUUAUUAUAUGUUUUCAAAUGUUGCUGGAAAACUAUAGAAACAGCAUGUAUUCCUACUUGUUAAUGCUUCAAACUAUUGUUUUGUAAGUUUGAUCAUCAUUCUCAUUACAUAUCUGUGGUAUCCAUAGCUGAGUGGUUACUAAUAGUCUGGACACAGAUUUGAGAUGUCACAGGUUGAACUUCUGGUAUUCCUGGCUAGACAUUAUGUCCACAGGAAAGGCAUUUUAACAUGCUUUUCCUCACCCCACCCAGGUGUAAAUGGGCUCCCCAUUUACUUCUCAAGUUGGGGAGGUAAAAAGGUGCACACGAUGGAAGGAGAGGGAUGGGCUCUGCCUUCCAAUAGCAUGCCCCUAGAUACAAUGAAUCCACAGCCCAUAACGCCUAUGAUUAUAACUUUUUUAAGAUUGUGUUUACUUUUAUUGUAUUCAAAGGCUAAUGAGUUGUAGAAUAUGGAAAUUCAUCAGAAAGUUUGUCUCUAUAACAAGCAGUAUUGAGCCACACAAUCUUUCACUGCCAUAGAUACAUGUAUGCGAUACAUAAGGCUCACUCAUAAAGUUGUGGAAAAGGAUGCUUUAGUAGUUUGUAUUAUCAUUAGAGGUAUGACAUAAAAAGGGCUCGGCUGUGUCUUGAUUGUUGCAUAUGACACAGAGACUGUGAAAAAAACAGUGCCACCAGCAUUGUAUGGUAUUACCAGUACAUGAUUUAAAAUAAGGCAUUUGGAUCCUAAUACAGUUGAAUGUGUGUAGGUGUAUGUGGAUACUUGACAACUUCUAAAUUUAGUGAAAAUCAAACCACAGCCAGAAAUAUGUAUGACUGUAAAUUUGUUACUUUAUAAUUAGAAAAUACAAAGUGUAUAUUGUAUCAGGUUGGCGAUAUAACAGAAUUAAUUUUCAUAAUCUAUGUGAGGAUCUAUUCACAGCUUUUAUGUAGUGUUUGUGUUUUAUACUCUGUCAGUCUACCAUUGCCUUGGUCAUGAUAGUAAGUAACAUUUUCCUUUUUACAUGACAUACACACUGUGUAGAUGUCACUUAAGAAUCCAUUAUUAUUUUGAGCCAGGAUCCUAGAUUACUACAGGACAAUAGGUUCCUUAUCACAGAAUAUAUAUUGAACAGUACUGGUCACCCCACUUGUUUUUGUCUCUACACACAUUUAACUGAGUGUGGAAUACACUGUACUAGUAGAAGAGGAGAUAAGUUCAAAAUAAACAUUAUUA